AUGGCCGAUGUGGAUGUUUGCACGAAGGAGAACGACAACAUUGGAGGUGAAGCACGUGGUGUUAAACGUCCAGGUUCCGCUAGUGAAGUUGAUGCAUUGAAGAAGACUAAGAUAGACGAAGAAGUGAUAACGUUGGAAGAAGACGAUGGAAGUCCAUCAGAAGGUUCGGGACGUAUCACACCAUCAACGGCAUCGCGUCCAAGAAGUGCAGCAAGUUCAUCGAGGAAAGGCACUCCAAGGGUAUCGAAGGAAGAACGAGAAGCGGAAAAGGCUCGUAAAGCUCUUCAGAAGAAACUGAAAGAGGAGGAGAGAGAACGUGCGAGGGCAGGAGAAAGAGAGAAUUGCUGA